CCUUCAUUGAGGUCUAUGCACACUAGCUCCAGUAGCCGAGUACAUUAAGGGCAAUACACCACUGUUCAACAACUUUAUUGUUCCAAGGAAGGAGAACAAAAGGAAAGCAGUUUAAAAACAUGGGAUGGUCGUUGUUCCGGUUCCCGAUUGUCCAAUUAUUAAAGCUGAUAAAGCCGUAAUCUGACAAGACACCCACGGAGGAGGCUUUAAAAGCAUCACGGCCUGCAGGGCAACCUACUGUGUGGGUAGGUACAUUACAGGCACUGACCGAGGCCGCCAUGGGCAGACAGUGAGUGAUGCAGAACAAAAACAAACCUUUCCUGAAGCCAUAAUGACACAUUUGGUAAUAGAGUUAGCGGGGUCUGAUCGGAAAGCUGUUAUAAGGCGAUUUGUUUUAAUCAAUACACAACUAGGCAUGUUUGGCUCCCAGUGCAUCAUGGGAAACGUAGUCCCCACCGCCUGGAGGGUUAAUAAUUCUAGACGCCUCUGUGUUUUGACUAGGGCCCAUGUAAACAAAACCACAAGCUGCACUUGUUUACAAGUCCAGCAUCAUACCUAACCCUUCCUGUAAGAGAGAGGGGAAGGGGCGCAAUAAUGGACACAAGGAUGUAUGGGGUGCCCAGGUUCACUAUUCCUUACAACAUUGCGAUUUCAAAUUAAAGGGACACUAUAGUCCCCAAAACAGCUUUAGCCUAAUGAAGCCGUUUUUGUGUAUAGAUCACGCCCUCUGCUCAAUUCCCUUCCAUUUAAGGAUUUAAAGGACCAAUAUAGGCACCCAGACCACUUCUGCUCAAUGAAGUGGUCUGGGUGCCAGGUCCAUCUAGGGUUAACCCUGCACUGCUAUGUUUACAUUAGGGUUAAAUCCAACCUCUAGUGCAGGCAUAGGCAACCUUAGGCACUGCAGAUGUUUUGGACUACAUGUCUCGUGAUGCUUUACCAGCAUCAUGUGUGUUAGAGCAUUAUGGGGGAUGUAGUCCACAACAUCUGGAGUGCCGAAGGUUGCCUAUCCCUGCUCUAGUGGCUGUCUCAUUGACAGCCGCUAGAGGCACGCUGACGUCCAUAGGAAAGCAUUGAGAAAUGCUUUCCUAUGGACUGAUUGAAUGCGCGCGCGGCUCUUGCCGCACAUGGGCAUUCAGCGCUGACAUCGGAAGAAGAAGAGUCUGCCAGCACCGGGCUUCCUCGCGCUGAGGAACUUUCCUCCCUCUUCCGAUGUCUGUGCUGAAUGCGCAUGCGCGGCAAGAGCCACGCGCGCAUUCUAUCAGUCCAUAGGAAAGCAUUUCUCAGUUUAACCCUUUCCUUCCCCUUCAGUGGGACCCUGAGGGUGGGUGGGGACCCAAAGACCCUAUAGUGCCAGGAAAACAAAUUUGUUUUCCUGGCACUAUAGUGGUCCUUUAAUCAUGUUUGUUUCUGUUUAUGCAGCCCUAGCCACACCUCCCUUGGCUGUUACUGGCACCGCUUACAUGAAAUGGAGAUACGGAAUUCUAAAUUAAGCAGAAUUUGCAAUACUGGAAGUGUAAACAUUAGAUGACGCUUUUUAGGAAGUGUUUAGGAAGGUUGUGUAAGUCACAUGCAGGGAGGUGUGGCUAGGUUUCUUUAAACAAAAGUGAUUUAACUCCAAAAUGGCAGAAAAUCGAGCAGUGAGGCAGGAUCUAUACACCAAAACAGCUUCAUAGUGUUCUUUUAAUCCCUUAGUGACCUGACUGUUUUUUAUAAUUUUCUUACAGUUAAAGGACCACUAAAGGCACCCAGACCACUUCAGCUUAAUGAGGUGGUCUGGGUGCCAGGUCCAGCUAGGAUUAACCCUUUUUUUUUUUAUAAACAUAGCAGUUUCAGAGAAACUGCUAUGUUUAUAAAUGGGUUAAUCCAGCCUCUAGCAGCUGUCUCAUUGACAGCCGCUAGAGGGCGGUUCUCAAUGAUUUUCACAGUGAGAAGACGCCGGCGUCCAUAGGAAAGCAUUGAGAAUGCUUUCCUAUGGACUGGCUGAAUGCACGCGCGGCUCCUGUCGCGCAUUCAGCCGAAGAGGAGGAGAGCUCCCUGCCCGGCGCUGGAGAAGGAGGUAAGUUUAACCCCUUCCUCACCCCAGAGCCCAGCGGGAGGGGGUCCCUGAGGGUGGGGGCACCCUCAGGGCACUAUAGUGCCAGGAAAACGAGGAUGUUUUCCUGGCACUAUAGUGGUACUUUAAGGGCUAUUUUUACAUUUCUGCAGUGUUUGUGUUUAGCUGUAAUUUUCCUCUUACUCAUUUACUGUACCCACACAUAUUAUAUAUCGUUUUCUUGCCAUUAAAAUAGUCUUUCUAAAGAUACCAUUAUUUUCAUAAUAUCAUAAUUUACUAUAAAAAAUGUAUAAAAUAUGAUGAAAAAAUGUAAACACACUUUUUCUUACUUUGACCCCCAAAAUCUGUUACGCAUCUACAACUGCCAAAAAUCACCCAUGCUAAAUAGUUUCUAAAAUUUGUCCUGAGUUUAGAAAUAACCAGUGUUAACAUGUUCUUAGCUUCACCCCCCCUCCCCCCAAGUUUUAGGGUUAUAAGUACAAGUAGGACAUUGCUGUUUCAAAAUAUAUAAUUUUAAAAUGUAUCCAUAGUGACUUUGUAACACUGUUAUCUGUCAUAAAUCUCUGAAUCACACCUCAAAUGUACAUAUUUUUUUAAAGUAGAUGUGAUGGACCGCCUGGCACCCCGGUACUUCAGUCAAUCAUUGCUUCCUAAUAAUCAUUGAGUACCAUAAGCACUGCACUGGACACCAUAACCACCGUAUACCCCACAAACCGCCACAGCUUGGUUGGGGUCUCACUGUCCUCCAUGCACCCUGGACCCAAGACCAGGAUCCAACUUCCAGUGGGUAGACCUCUCCUAUUUCAGAGAGCGAAGCAGGCUGCUCUUAUAAGAGCAAGUGUUGUGAUCCAAGGGAGUAUAGUGAUUACAGCAAUCCCCAGAGUGUGAAUAGAGCUCUCCAAUCCCCCAAACAUGAGCCUAGACUUCAUGAAGGGUAAAACGAAUCUCUGUUUAAUGGUAGCCACAACUGGCCUUUUAUGACAGUCCCCAUGCAAGAAGCACGCCCUCUAGACCUGAGAGUAAACCACAGUAGAAAUAAAUACACAAUCACAUUGGAUCUCAGGUCCAGGACACUCCCAUACAAAAUACGUCAAUCCCUCCCCUAUGCUUGGGAGAUAAUUGAGUAAAGCACUAUACUAAACUCAAUUAUCUCCAAACACAAAAAACACAAAUUUGUACAAAACCCCCCAAAUAACUUAAAACACACAAAACCCCCACAAAAGUUACAUCUCCUGAUAGCCCUGAUCUGGGUGACCAACAUAUCCCAAAAUCACCCAGAUCAGUUCAGCACUUCAGGAAUUUUCUAGAUUUCUUCAUUUUGACCGACUGCCCGCAUGGUCACAUGCCCAAAACAGUUCCAGAGAAUCAGGGCAUGCGGUUGGUCUAGUUCGGUAGUUUAAAAACAAACAAACUACCAAACAGACUCAAUAGUCUUACUCUGGAGUUUAAUCCCUUUGUUCGUGGGGACGUUUCCACCCAACAGCACUUUUCUAAGUGUUGUGGAUCCGAACGCAGGCGAUGCUGGAAGCCCAGCGGCGCUCGGGAGUUUCUGUGUGCAUUUUCAGUUCCAUGAGAUUCAUGCCCAAACACUGCUGCCUGUGUUUAUGCGAACAAGAUGGCCUACUUGUACUUAUAACCCUAUAACUUGGGAGGGGGAAGCUAAGAACAUGUUAACUCAGGACAAAUUUUAGAAACUAUUUAGCAUGGGUGAUUUUUGGCGGUUGUAGAUGCGUAACAGAUUUUGGGGGUCAAAGUAAGAAAAGGUGUGUUUACAUUUUUUCAUCAUAUUUUAUACAUUUUUUUUUUUUUUUAUAGUAAAUUAUGAUAUGAUGAAAAUAAUGGUAUAAUUGCGGGCAACCAGAAGAACACUUAGAACACUGCGGUGGAAACUGCUACAAAGUAGCAAUUAGACUUAACCCCUUAAGGACGGCGGGCGUUCUCUGCCGUCUUUAGGGAACCGGCUCUAAACGCCGGAGGGCGGCAUAGAACACCCAAUCCGUCCUAGGUACUUACCCGAUCGCCGGCGAUCGCGGUAUGGGGACUCACCUGGGAGCCCAGGGAGUCCCUCUCCUUCCUCUUUGGCCCCCCUGGGCCAUGUGAUCGUGAGGUCCUUGCGAGGACCUCACGAUCACUUGGACGGCAUAGCUUUGCAAGGCAUUGCCAGCAGGGGGAGCGCCUGUAAUGACAGGUACUCCUCCAUGCUGCCUGAAAUAAAUAAAAUAAAAGUUAAAUCAGUGUAAAAUACAAUUUUUUUAAUAUAUAUAUAUAUAUAUAUAUAUAUAUAUAUAUAUAUAUAUAUAUAUAUAUAUAUAUAUACACACACACACACACACAGUGUAUUUUAAUAUAUAUAUAUAUAUAAUAAAAUUAAUAUGUAAAUACGUUAAAAAAAGUGUGUAAAUUUGUUCUAACUGUAUUUUAAAAUUAAUAUAUAUUGAUAUCAAAAUACAUGUAGAAUGAAAUACAUAUAUCUAUAUACAUAAGUAUAUACGAAAAUGCAAUAAUCCCCUGCACUCACGCUUGAAAAAUGUUCCAAUACCGGGCGCAUCACCAGAGCUCCAAUAGACAAAGAAUCCAACAAGGCAGACUGCUCUCCGGACUUUAAAAUGAAAAUUUAUUAGGUAAUAUUAAAAAUAACGACCAAAGUUUUGGUCCCCACUCGGGACCUUCCUCAGGGUCAUAAAACAAAAGGACAACGUAUAUGUCACACUAUAUAUAAUAUAAUAAUUCUACGUAUAUAUUACAAUUAGCGAGACCUGCCUGACAACCCAGGCCAAAAGUCCAUGGAAUUUAAUUUGCUAGGACUAUAUUUAACCCUGUAACUUUCCAAGACACCAUAAAACCUGUACAUGGGGGGUACUGUUUUACUCUGAAGACUUCGCUGAACACAAACAGUAGUGUUUCAAACCAGUAAAACGUAUCACAACAAUAUCAUCAAUGAAAGUGCCGUUUGUGUGUGAAAAAUGCAAAAAAACUUCACUUUCACUGACCAUAUCAUCGCUGUGAUAUGUUUUCCUAUUUUGAAACACUAAUAUUUGUGUUCAGCAAAGUCUCCCAAGUAAAACAAUACCCACCAUGUACAGGUUUAAGGGUUUCUUGGAAAGUUACAGGGUUAAAUAGUGCGAGGGGGAGGGGGUGUUAAUGGUUAAUGACCAUUUUUUGUUAGACGUACCUGAUACGUCUUUGGUCACUUGGUCAUGGGGUUAACUAAACCUAUUCAAAUUUAUUGGCAAAACUACAAAUAUUCACAAAUUAAAUCUGAAUUUAGUUGUUUAUAUAGCGUUAAAGGGACACUGUGGGCACCCAGACCAUUUCAGCUCAUUUUAAGUGGUCUGGGUGCAAUGUCCUGGGCCCCUUUAACCCUGCAAUUGUAAUUAUUGCAGUUUUUGGUAACAACAAUGCUUCCACGGGAAGCAUUGGGAGGCUAUUGAGCACAUACUGAAACGUUGCGCCAAUUCGCAUCUCCUCAAAGAUGAUUCAAUGAAUUUCUAAGGGGAGUGUUCCGCUUCUGAAUGUAGGGCCUAACCCAGGAAGUUCCUUUAGUGGCUGUCUGAGUGACAACCAUUAGAACUGUUUCUAUGACAAGGUAGCAUUUACAAUACUAAGCCUGCAGAGACAUGCAAUAGAAAACCUGUAGUGGUUCUGGUGGCUAAAAUGUUAUUUUAAGUACAUUACCUUGUUAAACACCAAAUUACCGUGAACUGAAAAGCUGAGUUGUACCAUUUAUAGAGAAAAAAAAGUACUGAAUUAAAUUUAAAAAAAUCUUCACUAAAACUCCACUAUAGUCACAUCUUGACAACGUUAGCCUAAAGUUUUUUUGUUUUCAAUUCACAGCAUUUCUGUGUUAAACUUUAUAUGAUGAAUGGGCUAUAAUAGAGCUCACAAUAUUUCCUCGGUUCAUGACAGUACAAAGAAAAAGACUGAACAAGUAUGGUUUAUUUGGAAGUGUUGCCAGAAGAAAGCCUCUUCUUUCUAAAAAGAACAUGGCAGCACGGCUUAGGUUUUCAAAGUUGCACCUAUACAAACCACAAGACUUCUGGAACUAAGUCCUUUGGAUAGACAAGACCAAUGUGGAGAUGUUUGGCCAUAAUGCACAGUGCCAUAGUUGGUGAAAACCAAGUAUAGCAUAUGAGCACAAACCGCUCAUACCAGUUAUCAAGCAUGGUGGUGGAGGGAUGAUGAUUUCAGCUUGUUUUGCAGCCACAGGACCUGGGAACCUUGCAAUCAACCAUGAACUCCUCUGUAUACCAAAGUAUUCUCAAGUCAAAUGUGAGGCCAUUAUCUGACAGCUCAAGUUUGGCCGAAAUUGGGUCAUGCACUAGGACAAUGAUCGCAAGCACACCACCAAAUCUAUAACAGACUGUCUGAAAAAGAAAAGAAUUAAGGUGUUGCAAUGACCCAGUCAAAGUCUAGACCUCAUCCUGACUGAAAUGCUUAAGAGAGCUGUGCAUAAACAAAUGCCAGCAAACCUCAAUGAAUUGAAGCAUUGGUGUAUAGACUGGACAAAAAUUCCUCCACUACAAUCUGAGAGACCGAGAAAGUAAUAUGUUGUUUGUUCAUCUAUGGUUGUAUUUACCUAAUUUUAAGGCUUGCUGAGGGACAUAUGAUUAUGUCUUGAUAUGUAAAACCAUAGAAUUCAAAAACUUACAUGACUGUAAAGCACAUGUGUCAAAACCAAACAAAAGGAAUAUCAGAAAAUCAUUGGUCACUAAAAGGUUAAAGCACAAAGAAAACAAAGUAUUACUCUUCAAACUGUAAAAUAUUGGAAAUAAUGCUACUCCCUAAAAUUUUAUACCUGCUGGCAUAGAGGGAGGGAAGUCCGAGGUACCAUGGGUAUCCACACAGCUGCGGACCUACCUUGCCCUCUACUGAUUUGCGAAGGGGAUUGCCCUCCCUUAGCAGCACUGCAUGCAAACUGAAUGUCCGGGCUGCCUUCCUUUUCCCCCUUUCUCCACCCUAGUAAUCGCUGUUUCACUGCUUCUCAAAGACCCUCCCCUCCUCUUGGAGGGUGAGGUAGCAGGGUUUUUUUUUUUUUUAUACUCCGCUACACCCACCAGGGUGUAGACGACUGAGACCACUACCUCCGCUGACUGAAUGACCGUUGGUUCCUCCGAUUGCCGUAUUCCUUGGCUGAUAUUGGUUAGCCGAGACUCUGGUGAUCUGAUUACUGGAUACCUCACUGGGUCUCUGAUUUUUGUAAGUUUCUCUCUCUUUUUAGUUUCUAUCUCUUUCAGCUCUCCUCCUUCCCCCUUUUCAUUUCUCCUCUCCCCACUUCCUUUUUCCUUUUUUCUUUCUUCCCCACACGUCAGGGAUGGCAGGUGGGGCCCCUUAAACUCUGUCAGAUCUAGUCUUCUACAAUAUAAAUGCUAGGAGGGUGUUGAUGUGCCAGAGAAGUGGUCCAGAUUGCUGCUAGAUCCUAUUGCUUUCAUUCAAGAAAUACUAUUAAGGGGUAUGAUGUAACGGCUGUUUGGGACUGCAGUUUUCUACACGCCUUCUAUAGUAACAACCCAAUCGCUAAGUCUAAUGGAGUGGCCUUUCUUUUUUCUGGUCACACACUAUUCAAGGAGCAUGCUGCCCUCCGCUGUCAUGAGGGACAGUCUCUCUUUUUGAAAGGCCUUAAUGGGGCUCAACCGUACAUGGUAAGUGAACAUACUCUAACCAUUUGAAUAUAUGUGCAAAGAGCAAUUUGCAGAGGGCAUACUUGUAGUAGGGGGGAGACCUGAAUGUCCUACUGUAUACGGUGGAUGACUCCACAGCGCAUAGAACACUGCCUGCCACACAAGGAAUCUCCAAGUUGUUCACACUGCUGUGGACAUUUUAGCUAAUAGAUUGCUGAAUGACCCUGCUGUGACGAGACCAAUCUCGCCACUGUGCAUUGGAGGACCCUGGUUGCCUGCCUGCUGCCUUUUGACUACGGACCGGCAUUUAAAUACUUUAUUUUGCUAUGCAGAAAGGUCUAUUCCUGUAUUUCUGCCCUGGCGUUCGGUAGAUUCUCGGAUUUACUGAAUUAACUCAUUUAAUCCAGAUAGCUAUGCCAUGGAGCCUAUUCGUGUAAUAAAAGACUUUGGCUCCAUGGCAGUUGAACUGUAUGUGUGUGGUCUGAGCGCCAUUCAGUAAUAAUGUGCGCUCCGACCUAAGCUAUCUGGGGAUAUGUUGCAUGUCUGUAUUUUAUGUAAUAAAUGUAACCUUGUGUAUUUUAUUGUAUUUUACUGUCUUUUUACUGCCAUGUGCUUAAUGGAGUUUUGCCUCUGUCCUUGGAGAUAAUUACUUCCCAAUUAUCUCCAGGAUAGAAGACUCUGUGGAACUGGUUUUGGGCAGAAAAACAAUGCUUCAUUUGGUCACAAAGGACUUCGAUCUAUCUUUUGAACCAAUGGACCAAUUUGGAUGAUUUUGACAUAUGUUUGUAUUUGGAGUAUUGUGUGAAUGUGAUGUAUACUUUUAAAGUUUUGAAUAAUGUGGAAAAACUGUGUUUCUGUGCCUGUGAUAAUUACAUUAACCCAUUGUGUAAGGUAAUUGUAUCACAGGCAGAGUGGAGGAUUUUGUGUGGGAGUGUCCGAGUGUAUUGUACGGGUUUAUUGGUUGUUUUCCAAAGGCCUGUGGGUGGUACUAAUGUGUAUAUAAGAAAAAUAAACCCACAGCUCUGUCUGAUCACUGCUUGACCCUCAACACGGAGCUUUGUCUCGUUCUUGGGGGGAUUUAUUGUAUGCUUUUCCAGUUUGACUGCUAGGAGUGUAAACCUUUCUUAUGGUUUUUCCUAUUCGGUUGUUUAUAGCAUUCAUAUGUUUGAGAGCAUUCAUAUGCUUCUCCAGUUCGGUGGAUUGGUGUCCACAGUAGCUGCCUGUAUAUCUGGAAGGGAAUAUCUCCUAAACGGCGUUUAACCCCUUAUAUGCCCGGGGUGCCGUUACACCUGCCUACUACAGAUGGGGAUUAGACCUAUUAUUCAGUUAUGGGAUUAGACCUAUUAUUCAGUAGCGCACAUGAGACUUUAUUUCCUCAUUCUGCACAUACACUUAUCUAUCCUGAGACGGAGCACAAUCAAACUAAUGACCUGGUCAGACCAUAGCCCGCUCACUCUAGAGGUAGCCUUAGCCCUCCACAAACCCAGGCAGUGCAACUAGUGACUAAAUGAGUCUCUCCUUAGUGACCCUAUGGUAACCCAUAAGGUUGGACAGACUCCCCAAACCCACUUCCAAGGGAAUUCUAUGCCAGAUACUUCCCAGACUAUCACCUGGGAAUCCCAUAAAGGCGUAAAUAGGGGCAAAUUUAUUUCCCUUGCAACAGCAAGGAAAAAAUACCAGAGGGAGACCUUGUUUGCCUUGUACAGGGAGGUCUCAGAGGCUGACCACCUGCACAAGACUUCCCUGGAUGGUGCAGCAUACCAACGAUUUAUAACACUCUGGGUCAAAUUGGCAGACGUCUUAACAUCAUAAAUCAACUCCGUUACUGCCAUCUGUUCUACAAGCAGGGGAACAAGUGCAGAAGGAUGCUUGCACGCCUAUUACUUGACAAACAUAAUCCGCUAUAUAUAAAACCCUUUAUUACGGACUCCCACAAUAGGCACCACCACCUACCAAAGGACAUAGCCAACACUUCCCAUAAAUUUUAUAGCGACUUAUAUCACAUUCAGACUGUCCCGUCGGGGCAGAUUUGAUGGGUCUCCUUUUCCGAGAUGCAGGCUUCUAGUUCCUCAAUUGCCUCCACCAGAAUUUGUUUUGUGUUUUAUAUUUUCCCAGAUACUACUCCCUGGACUGAAAGAGGCUUUAAAUGUGUUGAUGAGUAAACAACCACCUCUGCUCCUGUUCGUUCCAGCUAAUAUUACACCUAUCCCAAAGGAAAGCUGAGAUUUAAAUCAGUGUGCCAACCAUCGACUGAUUUUGGUAGUAAAUGUAGACCUAAAACUGUUCUGUAAAGUUCUGGCGAUGCACAUGUCUCCAUAUCUCCCAGCUAUAGUACACUUGAGUUAGUCAGGGUUUAUCCAUGGCAUGGAUAACACAGUCCGAAGAUGAGUGUGAGAUGGAGUGCUGAUAUUUCUCCUGUCGAUGGAUGUAGAGAAAGCUUUCGGCAGGGUGGACUGGGACUAACUCUUUCCAACAAUGGAGGCUCUGGGGCUAGGACCCAAUUCAUACAUGCCGUAUACACAGAUCCUGUGGUACGUCUCUGAAUCAAUGGUGCCUUAUCUGACCCUUUCCCCCAGGCUGUUUGCGCUCACUCUGGAACCCUUGCUGAACAUACGGGCCAACUUCUAUAUCCAGGAGUUUCAGGCUCAAACAGAACACCACAAGAUCAGAGCGUGAGGGAGCAGAGAUGAGCUCCUUCGCACACAGGAAGAGAGAAGCUCCACUGGACCCCAGGAAAGACCCACUCAGCUCUCCCAAAGGUAUUGAGGCUGAGUGCGUUUCAAUUAAAACAAAAAUGUAAUUGUGUGUGUGUGAGCGAGAGCCUGUCAAGAGAGUGUGUGUGAGCAGCUGACAGAGUUUGUGUGUGAGAGCCUGUUGUCAGUGUGUGUGUGUUUGUGAGAGCCUGUCAAGGUGUGUGCGCGCGCGUGUUUAGGUACCUGCCCCUUCUGAUCGCAUGAGGAUGGUGUUUUUACUCGCCUUUUUUCCCCAUUUUCCAACGCUGUGCAAGUUUCGCCAUGGCUAAGAUUAUAAAUCUUUAUGAUCUCAGCUAAGCCAAUGCUUUCCCUUGGGAAUGCAUUGGGAGGAUUUUGUGCAUGUGCUGCAAAUAUACCAAUCCACAUCUCCUCAUAGAGAUGCAUUAAAUUAGUUAAUCUCUGAGAAACAUUCAGCGCCUCCAUGCAGAGCUUGGAGACACUGAACCUGGGUGCUGCACAUGGUGCAGCAGUGACCCAGGACUCUCUAGUGGCCAUCUGACGGACUGUCACUAGAGGUGUUUCUAAGCAGCAAUGUAAAUUCUGCCUACACUGAAAUGCCUGCAGGGACAGGCUAUAGACACCAAGCUGUAGUGGUUCUGGUGACUAUAGUGUCCCUUUAAGAAUUGCAUUUUCUCAUUGAAAAUGAUUGGAAUCUAGGAGCCAGCUAAAAAAAGUUAGGAGCCAAACAAAUUUGUCAAGCCCUGGCCUACACGGACGAUCUCCUCUUUGUGGUCUCCGAUUUUUAUCUGAAUUCAGCAUAUAUGGACAACUAUCCAACUUGCAGGUAACGUGAAAUUGGACAUACUCCAUAUUACCCUCAUUGAGACUACAGCAGGGCCAAAAGGUUUCCCAUCACACAGAAAUUAGGUUCUUUUUGACAACCCAUCCAGACCCCAUGCUCCCCCUGUGGGAAAACACAACCUUUCCAGCAGACAACAGGCGCACACUGAAACUACUUUUCCCAGAGAUGACACAUCCCAGGGUAUGGCACUUAAUUUCACCCGAGGGGAACAUGCACACACUAAGGAAAUUGUUUCCUACAGGGACACACAGACACCACUGCAGACUCUUACAUACCCUCAGCUAUCUCGCUAUAUAUUUUUUUUAUCCGACAAAAAUAUGUGCCUAAGCAGAUGGACUCUAUGAGCGCAGAUAUCCCUAGUAGACAGGAGGCCUGUGGGAGGCACUGGUUCUAUUGGCUGCAGUUUCUGUCCUCGGCAGAUCUUCAAACAUGCAGAGCCAUUUUCAAAUUAUGUAUACUGAAACUGGGUUUUGUUGUUGUUGUUUUGUGGUUAACACAGCAUGUUAACAGUUUUUGUAACUGUUCUAUGGAGUAAUUUUAAGUUUUAAGGGCUGGUGAGCUUUGUUGACUGGCCCCUUAAAUGGUUACUGCAAUCACCAUGACCAUUUCAAUAAUUUGAAGUGGUUAGUGUGGGGGGAGAGAGAGAGAGAGAGACAUUUAACUUUGAAAUUCUGCACAUACAGAGUGUAACCCCUCUGCUACUGGAGGUGACAACCCCAAAGACACUGCCAGAGGUGGAGUUACCAUUGAAGGGCCAUUGGAACAAUGGAAGAAGGUUGCUUGUUCUGAUGAAUCACAAUUUAUUUUAGAUCAGAUGGAUGGCCAAGUGCAUGUACGUGAUUUACCUGGGGGAGAGAUGGCCACUGGAAUCCGUAUGGGAAGAAGGCAAGCCGGUGUAGGAAUUGAGGAUUCAGACUGCAGGGGCAUGAUCUAUACCCUAAAACUGCUUCCGUAAGCUAAAAUUGUUUUUUUUUUAUUUUUUUUUUUUUUAUUUGCAUUUUAUAAGAUUUCACAGUCGUAUUGCAGGUAUACAGGGUAUGCAAGUUACAUUCAUGAGUACAACAUAGAGAGUACAACUUUUGAGCAACAUGUAUUGACAAUGAGCUAUCAUAUCUGUGUCUUGAUGAGAGCCAGUUUGAAGCAUACAUAUGAUAGUGGUAAUAUAGGUACAUCGUUAAACAAAUUGUCAUUAAACAGAGUAUUAAACAGAGUAUUAAACAGAGUAUCCUGGCAUUGCUGUCAUGCCCAUAUUUAUGUAGUUCUCCUUCUUGACCAUCAGUCGUGAUGGUAGGAGUUUUCUCUUCGCUGUGCCAGUGUCGGUAAUUGCUCAGUUGUGAAAACAACCCGCAUCUUCCCUGACACCUAGCUACUAUUCCAAUGAACAGGGGAAUAUAAACUUGGGGCAUAACCUGGGUAUAAUACGGGGAAAAAGAGAAGGGUAGAGGAGGGGAGGGGGGCAGGUAUUGGUCCCUUAGCUUGGUCCAGCUUUUAGGCCUGUUCGGUGGCCUUAAUAAAUUGCACCAGUGUACGCAACCAGCUUAAGUAGGUGAGGGUAGUAUGUGCAGGCUUUCAUAUGGUCAUAGAGUGAUGUUAAAGAAGGUUUAGGAAGGUUUGCCUAGUGCUCUUUCCUUAAAGCGUUGUCUUGUGAGCUACCACACAAAGGUGUUUAGAGUGUUUAACUUGUCACUGCGUCUGUUGGCGUGUGUCCCAUUUUUCCCACGCCUCCUUCCAAAAUUUUUUGGGGGGAUUGUUGGACCUGGCCAUUAUCUCAUACUUCUUUAUGGUUUCAAUGUGGGUUAUGCAGCUCUGUAUGCUGGGGAUCGUCUGUUUUUGCCAGUGUUUGCUAAUAUGCAACAGAACCGCCGAGAUAAUGUGAUAUAUUAAGUAUCGGGAUGAUUUUGUAUGGCCUGGUGGUAUAUACUGUAGGAGGUAAUGUUCGGGAGUGUGUGCGAGAGCUACACCUGUAAUGUUUUUAAUUAGGGUCUGUGUUUCCGUCCACAAUGGUGUUAGGAUUGGGCAUUCCCACCAAAUGUGUAGCAUGGAACCUUGAGCUUUAUUGCAUCUCCAGCACAGUCCUGUAUUCUUAGGUAUCAUAUGUUUCAGUCGGGUUGGUACUAAGUACCAGCGAUAUAAUAAUUUCCUGGCUAGUUCCAGAUGGGUUGUGCUGAGUGUAAGUUUUUUAUUCUCACACAGUAUAUAUGACCACUGCUCUUUUGUUAACUGUUUUCCUAGUUCAACUUCCCAUGCUUUAACAAACUGUACUGUAUGCGGGUCUGGUACACUAUAAUGGCGAUUGUACAGUAUAGAGAUUAGCUUGAGUGGCCUCUUCGUCUGUGUGCAGAGACUUUCUAAUGCAUUGAAAGUGUUCCACCUGUUUGCUGCAGGCAGUACUUUUCUAUUUGUCUGCAGCCAUGAGCUUAUCUGUCUGUGCGCAAAUGCUGCUGCAUUGGGUAAUUGGUAUUUAUUUUGCAGUCGGUUGAAGGGGAUGAUCUCUCCCUGAUCAAACAACUGAUGCAAGUAUAUUAGACCUCUAUUGCUCCAGGACGUUAUGUUCAAUGAAGGUAUCAGACCAUAAAAUGAAUCUAGGAGGAAGGCUGGUGAUAGCCCCCCAUCAAAUCCCUGUUCCUUAUUAAAUCUGUCCCAUUCUCGUAAUGUUGUAGCUGUGAGUGGUGACAUAUCUUUAUAUUUUUUUCUAAGUUGUGGCGGUGUCCAGGCUAGGUGCGUUAUUUUUUGCCCCCCAGUUAGGUCAGCCUCUACCGUUACCCAAGGGGAUGGUUUGUCAUGUUGGUGUAAUUCGUUGACCAACGGUGCUAGUAUAGCUGAUCUGUAGUACGUGGCUAUGUGUGGUAAUCCCAUUCCCCCUCCUUUAUAUGUGAGGUACAUGAUUUUUGCCGCUAUUCUGGGUUUCUUAUGGGACCAGACAAAGGUGUUAAUCAAUUUUUGUGCGUCGUGAAGGAAUGUUUUUGAGAGCCUAAUUUGUAAUGUACGGAACAUGUAUUGCAGUCUCGGGAGAAUUUUCAUUUUGACUGCUGCUAUUCUACCUAUCCAUGAUAUGUAUUUCCCUUUCCAAUUCGCUAGCUGCUGUUUUAUGGAUGUGAGGAGUUUGCCGUAAUUUUCCUGAUGUAAGUUCCUUUCUAGUCUCGUGAAUUUUAUACCCAAGAAAGUUAGGUGGUCUUGUCUCCAUUCAUAAUGGUAUUUCUGUUGCAAGGCUGUAUACAGCAAUGCAGGUGCAUGCAGACUCAUUGCUUGCGUUUUAGAACUGUUUAAUUUGUAAUAUGAGCAAUUGCUGUACUGUUGCAGCAGAUUCUGGAGUUCUGAGAUAGAGGUGAGUGGGUCAGACAGGGAGAGCAUUACGUCAUCUGCAAACAUCGUUAUUUUGUAUGUUUUAUUUUUAAUUUCCACACCUCUGAUUUGGUUGUUAUCCCGUAUUGCUUGGGCUAAUGGCUCUAACGCAAGAAUGUAUAAGGCCGGGGAGAGCGGGCAUCCUUGCCGUGUUCCAUUUGUGAUAAGGAACGGCUUGGAUACGAACCCGCCGUUCGCAACCUGUGCUGAUGGCUUGGAGUAUAGUGCUAAUAGUAGGGAUAGAAAUUGUUGUGGGAAUGCAAAUUUUUGUAGGACAGUUCUCAGGAAGUUCCAGUGAAGUCUGUCGAACGCCUUCUCGGCGUCCAGGGACAUAAAGACCCUGGGCUCUCCGAGAGGCGUCCCAUUAUAGAGGAGGCUGUGGAGCUUCCUAGUCCCGUCAGUCCCCUGUGCCCCCUUACAAAUCCCACUUGAUCCGGGUGUGUAAUAAAGGGGAUUAUGGCCGCUACACGAUUGGCGUAUAUUUUGGCUAAUAGUUUCGUAUCUGUGUUUAACAGUGAAAUAGGUCUUAAAUUUUUAGGUUGCGUGGGUGGUUUCCCUGGCUUUGGUAGCGUGGCUAUGUGUGCUAAUAGCAUUUCCACUGGCAUCUUCCCUGUGUGUACAAUAUGGUUCAGUGUGUGUACUAGGUAGGGGCUCAGGAUGUUCGAAAAGACUUUGUAGUAAGUGUUCGUGAAGCCAUCGGGCCCUGGUGAUUUCCCCGAAGGGAGUGAGCGAAUCGUUUGCUGUAACUCUGUCAGUGUGAUCGGUUCUAUCAGGGAGUCCUGCUGUUGUUGUGUUAAUUUUGGCAAUUUUAUCUGCGAUAGGAAGUUAUCAAUUUCCACUUGUGUUGGCUGAUGUGUUUGGGGAUCUUUUGUUAGGUUGUACAGGUUUUGGUAGUAGGCUGCUGUUUCUUCAUUAAUGUCUAUGGGGUUGUAUAUUUUCUCUCCUGUGCUAGUGAGUAAAUAUGGUAUUUUGGCGUGGGCUUGGUGAUGCCUCAGUAAAGAUGCUAAUUUUUUCCCCGCUCUGUUUCCCUGGGUGUAAUGCUUCAGUUUGAGUGUUUGUAAAGUGCGCGCUGUUUUUUGAAGUAGGAGAUCAUUUAAUUGAUUUGUAGUUUGUUCUAUUUCAAUGUCGAGGUCGGGGGUGGGGUGUAGCAGCUGGGCUGCUUUUAGGUCACGCAGUUUGGUCAGUAGUGUGAGGCGCGCCUGUUGAGAGGUCCUGUUUAGGAAGGACGCUCUGCUAAUGAGCUGACCUCUAAUCACUGCCUUAUGUGCCUGCCAAGAUGUAGUAGGUGAUAUGUCAGGUUGGUUGUUAAGUUGAAAAUAUCUAUCUAUCUCAGUCCCCAAUUCCUUUUGAAAGGUGUCGUUGUAUAGGAGGGUGUCAUUUAAUCGCCACGGGGUUUUCCCUCUGUGCUUGUAAGCAUCCUGGGUUAUGAGGGUUACCGGAGCAUGGUCCGACCACACUAUGUCCCCUAUGCUACUCUGUGUUGUGGAGGGCACCAAAUCUUGUGACACCAAUAUGACGUCUAUUCUGGAGUGGGUUCCAUGCACCUUGGAGUGGAAAGUGUAACUUUUGUCACUCGGGUGAUUUGUUCGCCAUAUGUCAUAUAGAUUGUGGUCAAGUAAGAGCUUGGUGAUGGCUUUGCAUUGUGGUAUUAAGGAUCUAUGUCUGGGAGUGUUAGACGAUACUGUCGUGUCCAUAGUCGGUUGGAGAAUAUGAUUCAUGUCGCCACAUAUUAUGAUGCCGGCUCUGUGUUCAUGGGGUAAUUUGCUCAGCACUUUAUGCAAAAAAUUGCGCUGGUUAGAGUUAGGGCUGUAUAUGCCUACUAAGGUAUAUAUGGCUCUGUUGAUUUGACAGUGGAGUAUUAAGUACCGACCUUGUGCGUCUGUUUUAAUAUUUAGCAGUUCAAAGGUAAGCGAUUUGUGAAACAAAAAGGACACUCCCCUUGUUUUGGAAGAAUAGGUCGUAUGGUACUGCGUCGGAUAAUCUUGUUUCCCAAAUUCUGGUAUUCUCCCCCGCACAAAGUGCGUUUCCUGGAGGCACAUAAUAUCUACUUUAGCCCUCUUAGUUUCCUCUAACAGAACUCUGCGUUUAUGAGGGGUGUUCAGUCCCCGUACGUUAUGUGAGUAUAUUUUCAUAGUGUACUAUUAUAUGGGUUGGACACUGAGUUUUUAAUUUACUUCUGAUUGUAUCUUCUAGUCGGGUGUGUUUGUUGGUUGUGCAUAUAUCAGGCAAGAGUGCCCCUGUGUGGGUAAUAGUGAUCUUAGCUGGUAUGGGUAGUGGCUUGGACUUCCUUAUCUUUGCGGGACUGGGGUCAAAAACUUGGGGAGGUGUAAACCGGGUAGAAACAAAAACAAAGUAUAUACAUAUAUGUGUCUUGGUACUGGUGGUAAGUACCGUGGGGGUGGAAACUAGCAUGUUUCCGUGUCAUGGCUAUGGGUCUUCCGCUGUCUCUUAACCUUUGGAGACGGUCGGUCGCACCAGGCCACCUCUGUAGUAAGUACUAAUAGUCGUAUAGGCUCUUGGUGUGUGUACAAUUCUAUUGAGAAAGGGGGUGAACGGUAAUGGGACUAGGAGAGAUUUUUGUCAGGUAUAGUAGUAAAUACAUAUAUAUACACUUAUAUUCGUCAUAAUCAGCAGCUGGUAAGUACAUCCAGUAGGACAGCAUCUUGCUCCCUAGUAGCUGGGAGAGCUCGUUGCGGUAAUGAGCAUCUAUUGAUUAUAAGCAGUGCUUGUGUUAUACCAAUUGUUUUUUUUUUUAUUUUUUUUUUUUUAUAUUAUUUUACUAAGCAGCGUAACAGUGUUGCCCUCACAUUAUGCUCUUGAUGAGGCACACGGAGAGAAUGUGUGUGUCCUCUGCAACUCAUCGCCUCUCCCGUAAGCUACAGGUUGCUAGGGGGGGGGGGUUCAGCCCCAUACUUCCAUCAAAUGAUGGGGAGGUAUUGCUUGCCAGCUUAAGUAACCUUAAGGAACUAGGUAAUUUAACUUGUUAUAACCAAUCCGUGUUAACCUGAACAUUUUUUUUUUUGUUUUUUUUUUUUUUUGUUUAGCAUAUAUAGACCUUGGGAUAUUUCCCCAGCCCUCGAGUCCAUUGCAAGCGCCUAGGCAUAAUCAGAUUUAUACUUGCGUAUGUCCAGCAGUUCAUGCUUUGUGCCAGUCCAGUGGGAUGCGCCUGGCAGGUGGGGUGUGAGGCUCCGGUCUUUGGUGCAUAAAUCCCCAGGAUUGUAGUUUACGGAGUCCAUCUUCAGGUGAUGUGAUAACCUGGGUGGUGUUAUCUUUCGUCACCAACAUUUUGGUAGGGAAGCCCCAUCGGAAUCUGAGGCCAUGAGCCCUCACGGAGUUGGCGACCUGAGCGAACUCUUUCCUUCUGCGAAGAGUAGACGCCGAUAGAUCUGCAAAAAUCAGCAGAUUUGGGUAACCUUCUAGUGGUGUUGCUUUAUUUCUGCUUGACUUGAGUAUAAGCUCUUUGAUAUGAUAAUAAUGCAUUCGCAGUAGUACAUCCCGCGGUGCAGUUUCUGGCAGGAACCGUGGUCUAGGCAGACGGUGUAUUCGGUCCACGAGUAACAUGUCGGUUGGUAUGUCUGGAGCAUAAGCGUUAAACACGCCUCUGACAUAUGCCUGCAGGUUCUCCGGCACAACAUCCUCUGGGAUCCCUCUAAUGCGCAGGUUAUUCCUGCGUGCGCGGUCCUCUAGGUCAGUUAUUUUAUUUUCCGCCGCCAGUAAUUUUUGUUCCAGUUGUUCCACAUGAGAAGCUAUGUCAUUGUGUGCUGUAGCAAAUUCUGCCAUCUUGUUCUCCAUGUGGGAGGUGCGCUUGCCUAAUUCUUGCAUGUCCUUCCUCCGCGAAUCCGCUGUAUGUUGCCACGAUGUAAUUAGCUUGCUUGACAGGGUGUCCAGAGCUUGUUGUAAAUAGCUCUUGGUGAGUAUGUCAGGAUCACUUUCUUGCAAUGCUGCUGUGUUCUCAGGGCUGUCAGUAGCGGAGCCGCCAUCUUGCGACCAGGCCCGAGCCUCCUCCGGUUCCUGGUGCGACUUGUGUCCAAAGAAAUUGAUUUUUUCCGCUUUGUGUGCAGACUUCUUGCCUCUCUGCUGUGCCAUCUUCGUUUUUUAAGCAGUUGUGCCGCCGUGUUGCGUUCGAUGGAGUCGGAUUGCGACCCGUGUUGCCGGAGUGAACGGGUUACACGUCCAUUCCUCUCGGCGGUUAGCCACGCCCCCCCAGCUAAAAUUGUUUUGAUGACUAGAGUGUCCAUUUAAUUAUUCUUUUGUAACCUAUAUUUGUAUUUUGUACAAAUAUAUCCAUACAUUGUUUAAGGUUCUGUGUUAGUUUGUGCCUUUCAUUUUUAUCUUUUUCAUUCACUGUAUCUAGAGCUGUGGAAUUUGAUUACAUAAUUGUACCCUUUUUAGGAUGGACAAUCCCUAUUUUGAGCCCUAACCCCUCUAUCCUUAUUUUCUAUACUUAAGACCCUCUUUUGUUAGGAGCUUCAUAUUGUUGUUGUCUCCUUGUACAAUAGAGCUCCACAGCAUUAGUAUCUACAGUAAUGUCAUAAAGGUAAUAUCAGGAAGUAUUACUUUACUGAGAGGGUAGUGGAUGAAUGGAACAGCCUUCCAGCUGAAGUGGUAGAGGUUAACCCCAUAAAGAAGUUUUGGGAUGCGUGGGAUAGACAUAAGGCUAUCCUAGCUGUAAGAUAAGGUCAGGGACUGAGAGUAUUUAGAAAAUUGGGCAGACUAGAUGGGCCGACUGGUUCUUCUAUGCAGUCACAUUCUAUGUUUCUACGUCUUUAAACUAAAAUAAAUGUGUUUUAGAAAUUAGUAUGUGUAAAUAAGAUACCUUGUUCUUGUUUGAAAUUACAGUGUAGUUGCUUAGAUUGUUAUUAGUAAAAUUUUACCCCUUCCCCUUGCAGUUUCAUAUACUGCAAAGGAAGGGGAGAGAUUAUGAGUAAGGUAAAUGGUAUUGAGAUAUAUAUAUAUAUAUAUAUAUAUAUAUAUAUAUAUAUAUAUAUAUAUAUAUAUAUAUAUAUAUAUAUAUAUAUAUAUAUAUAUAUAUAUCUCUAUCUAUAUAUAUCUCUAUCUAUAUAUAUAUAUAUCUCUAUCUAUAUCAGGGGUAGUCAACCUUUUUCUACCUACCGCCCACUAAUGCAUCUUUCUUGAUGGAAAAAUUUCCUUACCGCCCACCAGUUUUCGCGCAAGUGCAGAAUAUUUUUUAGAAAGGAGGGUGUUUUUAAAAAAAAAAAAAAUGUACAUACAUUUAUCUUUUUAUUUCUACUUUAUGCAUGUUUAUAAUGUUGUUAACUUUAUAAAAUAUAAUGAGAAAAUAAAGUAAAUUUAAAUUACCUUUACUAGUGAUUAAUGAGAUAUUUGAGGUUGAUGCUGCGAGACUAAAUAUUUGAUAUCUGGUUUGAUUUUCAUAAGGAACAAGCAAAGGUCUCUCUCUUUCGGUGAUAUUC